AUGACGGCCCCGCUUAAAUACAGUGCCAUAAAAUCGCCAUCACCGCCGACGAAAACCGUCGUAAAUCCGUACGUGGUGGCGGCCGUACUGCUGUUGUUCUUGACUGCCGUCUGGCUCAGCUAUGGCGGCAGCAAGAAUGCUGGCGGCGAGCGGUUAUCACUCGAUUUGGCCGACAUCCCGCAGGUAGUCCUGGAUAAGGAUGCGGAGCUGGCGAGGGCCCGCAACCGGAACUGCUCCUACUGGGACUGUUUCAACGUGUACAGGUGCGGACAGCGCAUGGUCGCGGGUGCGGGUGACUACGUCGAUAACAGCGACGACGACGAGCAACGGGAGCGCAUAUCGAUCUACGUCUACCCGCUAAAAGAGUAUCUCGAUGCGGGCAGCAAGCAGCCGGCUUUUCAGCUGUCGCGGGAGUUUUACCGAAUCGUGCAAACCAUCGUCGACAGCCCGUACUACACCGCUAACCCCAAUGAGGCCUGCCUGUUCAUGCCAACUCUAGACACGCUUAACCAGAAUCGAAUCGAUACAACGCUGGUCGGAAAGGCGCUCGCCUCACUGCCUCACUGGGAAAACGGGGAGAAUCAUCUCAUUUUCAACUUCAUUGCCGGUUCCAAGCCAGACUACAGUACAGUGCUGGACGUGAACACGGACCGUGCCAUCAUCAUCGGGGCCGGCUUCGACAGCUGGACGUUCCGAACCGACUUUGACGUGGCCGCACCGAUGUACAGCCCAGUACUCGAGCGCCAUCGCACGCUUCGAGAGAGCCGUCGACAGGAUACGGCCGUUCUGCUCGUAUCCUCCCAGCUGAACAUAUUCCCGCGGCAAUUUCGCAUCCUGCAGGAACUGACGUACGAAUACCCAAAUGAAGUGCUACUGCUGCAGCGCUGUCCUUCCUCAACGGCGAAGACGGACGAGGCCCUCGACGUGCUGGGACAAUUUUCGGAAGAUCCGAGAUCGCGAGCUCCCGAUCGUCCUGGCGUCGGCAGCGAACAGGACAUUCGGUGUAACUUUCCCCAUGGCAACGAGUACGAGUAUCCGGAAGUGCUAGCAACCGGUACGUUCUGUUUAAUCGCACGUGGAGUGCGGCUUGGGCAACCGACACUGCUAGAAGCAAUGGCAGCCGGUUGCAUUCCGAUCGUGAUGGCGGACAACUACGUGCUGCCGUUCAGCGACAUCCUUGACUGGGAUCUGUUGGCUAUCCGCAUAUACGAGAGCAACCUACAUGCGGUCGUACAGGUGUUGCGAGCCGUCUCGAUGGAGCGGAUUCACGAGAUGCAAGCACAGGGCCGGUACGUGUACGAGCGGUACUUCGCAUCACUUGAAAAGAUUGUCCUUACCGCUCUUGAUCAGCUAAACGAUCGUAUCUUCCCGCACUUGAGUCGGACAUACCCGCACUGGAACAUGGGACCAGAACGCCGGGCAACGCAGAACCCGCUCUUCCUGCCGCUGAUCGCCCCGAAAGCGCAGGGCUUCACCGCUGUCAUCCUCACGUACGACCGGCUUGAAAGCCUAUAUAUACUGAUCCAGAAGUUGGCAACUGUGCCGUCGCUGCAGAAGAUACUGGUCGUGUGGAACAAUCAGCGAAAGUCACCGCCCCAUCCGUCCCUCUUUCCGAAGGUCGGUAAACCGCUCAAAAUCAUCCAGACGGCGGCAAACAGGCUCUCGAACCGGUUCUACCCAUACGAGGAGAUCGAAACCGAAGCAAUCCUUACGAUUGACGACGACAUCGUGAUGCUGACAGCGGACGAGCUCGACUUCGGUUACGAGGUGUGGCGCGAGUAUCCAGACCGGAUCGUUGGCUUCCCAAGCCGGACGCACGUCUGGGACAACGGAACCGGCCGGUGGCGAUACGAAUCAGAGUGGACGAACCAGAUCUCGAUGGUGCUGACCGGGGCCGCCUUCCACCACAAGUACUGGAGCUACAUGUACACGAACGCGAUGCCAGGCAACAUCAAGGAGUGGGUGGAUGAGCACAUGAACUGCGAGGACAUCGCGAUGAACUUCCUAGUCAGUAACAUCACAAACAAGCCACCGAUCAAGGUGGCGCCGCGGAAGAAGUUCAAGUGUCCGGAGUGCACGAAUAACGAGAUGUUGUCCGCCGACCUUAACCACAUGACGGAGCGAUCCGCUUGCAUCAACCGGUUCGCGGAGAUCUACGGUACGAUGCCGCUGCGAACAGUCGAGUUCCGGGCCGAUCCGGUGCUGUUUAAGGACAAUUUCCCCGAGAAGCUGAAGCGCUUCAACGACAUCGGCAGCCUGUAAAGCACACGCGUGCAACAUCCUGAAAUUUGAUUCUCAUUAUUUUCACGUGAACGCCUGAACAUAAUGCAUCAAGUAACGUUUUUAACAUACCAUUCGCCAUUAGUAACGUCGUCGUACACCAGUGGCACAGCGAGUCAUUCCAAGAAUUAGCUAAAACACCGAUAAGUCCCAAACCCUCCAGGACAUCGACAAUCGAAAGAAAACGAUUUUUGCAACCCAAUCAACGAGUCAACCCGAGCGAAUGAUCUUCAGAUCAAACUCAGCGACCGAUAGUGCUUCGAGCCUCAAACAGUAAAUGCAUCAGACAACUGCACAGCUAUUCAAUCAACGAGUCAACCAGUCCGUGAUGGUCUUUUGGGCCGCCCACAACGUUAAAAGGGACUUGAUCGACGCUAUUUGAAAUUGAGCGUUGCUGCAUCGGUCAAAGGAACCGGAGUGUUGUUCGAAAACCUACGGAAAUGCACAAAGCAACGUUUUUAGCGUAGCAUCGCCAAAGGAAAAGUCGUCGACGUUCCGUUCCCGAAUAUUCACGACCUCGACGUUCGAGAGAAAACGAUAUUUAUAACUCUACAAACGAGUUAACAGGAAUAAUUCAUCAAACGAGCAAACUAAGUAAACUCUGAGAUUCCCAAAAAAAGGGUCCAGGAGGAUGAAAGACCUCAGGCACAAAUCCAUUGUGUUGGUCAACAGAAAUAAUUCGAGCAAACUAGUUAUAUCUUUCAUGUUAAAUGGUUCAACAACCAUUGUACGGUCAAGGACUGCCUUGAUGGAUCAGUUGAAAUAUGAGCCUGAAACCAUUCGUGUGUUUAUUCUACAUGCUAUGCUUUUGACUAUCAAGUCCCCCCGAGCAAAUUAAGUAAACCUUCGAAAGGAUCCCGAGAAUCACGGCCUCGAACACAAAAGCAUGGCAUUAACUUCUAACUGUCUGGUGUAAUCAAAUGGAUUGAAGCUAUCAGGAAUAUUUCAUCCCACGUGCAAUUUCAGUAAAUUCAAAGAUUCCCUCCAAAUUAUCACGGAGCAUCAAUAACCUCGGUCACAAACGUGUCGUGUUGGCUAUUCAACAUAUCGGCGCAAAAUCAAACCGCUUGAAGCCAAUAGAUAUAUAUCAUACUACGAGCAAAUUAAGUAGACUUCGAGAAUCCCUCAAAAGGAUCACGAGCAUCGAAGACCUCGGACACAAAAGCAUCGUGUUAGCUUCAAAGUGUCCAGCAUAAUCAAGUCACUUGAAACACCGUCGCGAGAUUACCAUUGAGCAGAAGUCUCCAAUAGGAUGACUUCCAAUGCGGCCCAUGGAGAUUAUAUAAUUUUAACUGUAAUGGAAUAUUCCUUACAUUUUUAGGUAUUUUGCCUAAAGAAACCAAAGUAAAGCCAAUAGUUGAGAUUAUCUCUUAAACCCACAGAAAAUCGUGGAUUAGAUGUACACAUUUAAACGAACGUGGCGUGCAAUCGGAACGUCAUUGCAUGCGGCGCGAAUAUUCCACAUCUGUGGUGUUUUUAUUUUUUUCAUGAAAUACGGUGCGUAGAGCAACAAGAUUGGAGAUCCAUGGCGUAUACUGUCCGUUACCUCAUGGAACCUUCACACGUCCUAUUGCAAAAGCGUCCCUUUUUUUAAUCCGGCCCG